GAGGCUCUUCCCGGGUGUCGGGAUCCGGAAGGCUGUGCCCAGUCCACCUGCACUUCGUGGGCCCAGCGAAGCAGCGUGGGGCGGCGGCGGCGGCGGAGGCCCAGGCUGGGAGCGGAGGCGGCCGGGGGCCCAGCCAUGGCCGAGUCGGUGGAGCGACUGCGGCAGCGGGUUGAGGAGCUGGAACGAGAACUUGACCGGGAGAGAAGCCGGCAGGUCGUGGGCGGCCGGACCCGCAUCGAGAAGAUGAGCUCCGAGGUGGUGGAUUCCAAUCCUUACAGCCGCCUGAUGGCCUUGAAACGGAUGGGAAUUGUCAGUGACUAUGAGAAAAUCCGUACUUACGCUGUAGCCAUAGUGGGUGUUGGUGGAGUUGGUAGUGUGACUGCUGAAAUGCUGACAAGAUGUGGCAUUGGUAAGUUACUGCUCUUUGACUAUGACAAAGUGGAGCUGGCCAACAUGAAUCGACUUUUCUUCCAGCCUCAUCAAGCAGGACUGAGUAAAGUGCAAGCAGCCGAGAACACCCUGAGGAGCAUUAACCCUGAUGUUCUGUUUGAAGUUCACAACUACAAUAUCACCACAGUGGACCACUUCGAACAUUUCAUGAGUAGAAUAAGCAAUGGUGGAUUAGAAGAAGGGAAACCUGUUGACCUGGUUCUUAGCUGUGUGGACAACUUUGAAGCUCGAAUGGCAAUAAACACAGCUUGUAAUGAACUUGGUCAGACGUGGAUGGAAUCUGGGGUCAGUGAAAAUGCAGUUUCUGGGCACAUCCAGCUGAUGAUCCCUGGAGAGUCGGCUUGUUUUGCGUGUGCGCCACCGCUCGUGGUUGCUUCAAACAUUGAUGAGAAGACCCUGAAACGAGAGGGCGUCUGCGCGGCCAGUCUCCCCACCACCAUGGGAGUAGUUGCGGGGAUCUUGGUACAGAACGUAUUAAAGUUUCUGUUACGUUUUGGCACCGUCAGUUUCUACCUUGGGUACAAUGCAAUGCAGGACUUUUUCCCUACCAUGUCCAUGAAGCCAAACCCUCAGUGUGAUGACAGGAACUGCAGGAAGCAACAAGAAGAAUACAAGAAGAAGGCCGCGACACUGCCCGUACCGGAGGCCACGCCCACGGAGGACGAGGAGAUCGUACAUGAGGACAACGAGUGGGGUAUUGAGCUGGUGUCUGAGGUUUCAGAAGAGGAACUGAAGAACUCUUCAGGUCCCAUUCCCGUCUUACCCGAAGGAAUUACAGUGGCAUACACAGUCCCAAAGAAGCAGGAGGAUUCUGUUUCUGAAGUAACAGUGGAAGAUUCCGGUGAAAGCUUGGAAGAUCUCAUGGCCAAGAUGAAGAACAUGUAGACAGUGGACUGGCAUUUGUUUUAUUUUCUGUGCUCAUUCUAUUCCCUUGGAAUUAAAAAAAGAAUCAGAACUAAUAAACCUAGGGCCGCCUUAACUGGCAUGUGAAUCUUCACUGAGUGUCAUGCUGUAUGGAACACUAGUGGUUGCUUCUGGCUUCCCUCUACAACUGAAUCAGUAAUGCUCCUACAGAAAGGAAAGGAGAGGCCAUCCCAUCCCAUAAUUUCCUUUACAGUAAUUCCCUGUCUAUGGACUGAGGCCCUGGACUGUAAGUACAGAUGAAGGAUGAGAUCUUUACCCUGGCAGCUGUGGCUAGCAAGUGUCUGAGUGUCUGAAUGGCUUCCUACCAGUUACCCAUGAGUGCUGAUCUGACCAGGAGUGAUGUUAGAGAGUCAGCCUAUAGAAUAAACAUCCCUUCAGAUGUUUCUUGGUGAGAUACAAGUAGAAUGUCUUCAUUGGCAUGUCUAAAUGAGUUAAAGAUUUAAGAAAAAGCACAGAUAAAUGCAAGCUGUCUUCAUGGGCAGACAAGUAUGUUCAGGAAAAACCAUCAUUGUAUUCUAAUUUUUACCGACCAAGGAAAAGGCAUUGCCUUCUGUAACAGAAGUGCCUGGAGUUACCAUGUGACUCAAGAACAGGCAUGAGCACAGUGCAUUAUAUAGACUGUGUACAUUAUAUAGACCAUCUACAUCAUGUAGACUGUGUACAUCAUGUGGACCGUGUACAUCAUGUAGACCGUGCACAUACAUCAUGUAGACUGUGUACAUCAUGUAGACCGUGUACAUCUUGUAGACUGUGUACAUCAUAUAGAACAAGUACAUCAUAUAGACUGCUCCUGAAUAUUUCAUUUCACCUUGAUUCCCUAAACAGGGAGAUGUUAGCAAGGUUUGUCCUGAGUAGUGGGCAAAAUGAAGAACUGGAAAUUACCUCUGCAGUGACUGAUGAGUAUUUAUUCCCUGCAAAGGUUUCCAUGGCCCAACUAUGACCACUUAAAUUGUAAACUGAUGAAUGACGUAAAUUAUUGAUGAGUUUUAUCUUGAGGAUAUGAAAUGACUUUAUGAAUGUCUAAAUUGUGUGUAUUGGGAAAUGCUAGCUAAAGUUCAAAGUGUCAUUCCUUACUUGUAAAAUAAAGUUGUAAAGACCAA